UAGUUAGUUGGCUAACCUAGCGUUUAGCAUAUUCAACUAUUUUUUUUUGGCUUCACGUAUUUCAGGACAGCAUAUAACUGGCAUUUUCUACACAAGGACUGUAUCUACGUAGCAUAAACCCGUCCACCACUGACAAGAGGACCUUUGUGAACAUCGGACGCCCAUAAUGGAAUGCGCAGUAGACCUUCCCUCAGGUGAUGAUGAAGCACUUGAGAAAGAUGACAAGACUGCCAAGGAAAUGAAUGAGCCACCCCAUAAGAAAAACAAGAAGCAGAGAAAACACAAGAGCAAGAAGAAGAAGAGAAGGAAGAAAGGUGAUAAGGAGAGCAGCUCAGAAUCUGGUGCUGAGUCAGAUGUGGAACCUCCACCCCCUCCAAGACCUGUCAGAACCACUAGAGCCAGUGCCAGAUUAGCAGCAGCUGCUGGGCAGAAGGAGGAGAGUAAAAGGGAUAUAGAUCGAGUCGACGUAGAGGGAGAUGUAAAAUCUAAAAAAAGCAAAAGACACGCUGCUAAGAAGAAGAAAAAGAAGAGAAAGAAAGAUGAAAAGCAGGAUAAGAAAUCGCCCUCUCACUCCCCAUCUGAAAGCAGCUCAGUUUCUGCUUCAGAAUCGGAAGGUGAAGGAGGUAAAAGGAUUGGUUAUGGCAGAGUUUUCUCCAGUAACUACAUCUGAGUUCCAAGAGCCAGUUUCUAAAUUGGUGCCAAAAACCAAACGAGGAGAGGAGAAUGUGGUUUCCACUCUGAUGGAGAAACUUGAGCCUCUAACGGUGAAGAAAGAAGAAGCAUCAGACAUGGACAAGUCUCCAUCUGGCUUGAAUG